GCCAUCUUUGUUUUAACACUGAGUAGUUGUGUAAAUUUAAAAUAUCAAAAUGCAGAACGAAGCCGGAGAUUAUGUUGAUAUGUACCUGCCUCGAAAAUGCUCUGUCACAAACUCAGUGAUUGCUGCUAAGGAUCAUGCUUCUGUACAGAUAAACGUUGGGGAGAUUGAUGAAUCAGGAAGAUUCACCGGUAGCUCAAAAACCUACGCUUUCUCUGGUUUCUUAAGAAAACAGGGUGAAGCUGAUGAUUCUAUGGUCCAUCUAGCAAUAAGAGAUGGCAUAGUCCCUAAGACCUACAGUACUUAGUACAAAGUUGAUAAUUAUUGAUUUUGUGGAAAUAAAAAUGUAACAUCUGA